AUGCAUCAUCUGCUGACAGUGGUACUCAGUGUCGUACUAGAUGCUCUAAGUGUGCACUCAGCACUUAGUGUUGGUACAAUGCGGGGUCCAAGGCAAACCAACAAGACACAGGUAUUGCCAAUGCUCCUCGCACACAUUAAGCGCCCUCAAUCUUCUCAGAAUGCCUCUUCAGGGAAGAGCCAGACUGUAGCAGAUAUGUGCCAAGGGUACUAUGAUGUGAUGGGGCAGUUUGACAAUACUUUUAAUUGUAGCACGGGCACAUACCGAUUCUGCUGUGGCACUUGCCACUAUCGCUUUUGUUGUGAACAUCGUAAUCAGCGCUUGGACCAAGAGAGCUGUGACAACUAUAAAACCCCAUUGUGGGCAAACACACCCCAAUCUAUUACCACCAGCGCUAACAGCAAGCUGAAUGAUCAUGGGCAUGCAGAUCAGACAAAUAGCACUGUCUAUGUCAUCUGUGGUGUCAUUAGCUUCACCCUGGCCGUGGGCAUCGGCGCCAAAAUUGCCUUCAACAAGGCCUCCCGGCGCCCACGGGGGAGAGAGAUUAAUGUACCCAGAGCUCUUGUGGACAUUCUCAGACAUCAGUCUGCACAAGGCAACCAUGUUGAGAGAAACAAUAGCACAACCUUGGGUUCAGGAACACAUGAUAAUGGACCAUCACGUCCACCAAAAAACAUCUAUAACACAGUGAAGUCAGUCAAGAGCAACCAUGAUAACAUGCAUCAUAAUUUUAUCCAUCUCACAGUCAACAGUCCAAAACAUUCCGCAACGCUAGACUGUAGAAUGAAUAAUAUUCAACUUCCAACUUCUGCUACAAAAUACAACACUCUGUCUUUCUCUCGCUCGUUUCAUAAUCUUUCACACUUGCCGCCAUCAUAUGAAUCUGCCAUCAAAUCUGACAUCAGCAGGUACUCAUCGCUCAAAAGGCUGGCGGAAAAAGAUAUGGAUGACUUCUACCUUAAAAGAAAACACCUAGCAGAACUAACACGUGGAACCCUUCCACUUCAUGUUAUGAAAAUGAACUAUGAUCGUGAUGGUUACCUGGAAAAAUCACAAACACCAAGGCGAGUUAUGUCCCAGGAGCACAUCCUGUCAGACAAUCACUAUCCAGUUCACCGUGAUUAUACCAUACCUAGAGAUCAUCUCAUCUCUCAAGAGCGUCUACUUUCCCGUGAUGUCUUGCAUUCCCAAGAGCAUCUGCUAUCUCCUGAAAGAAUACAUCAUCGUGUACAAACACCCUUUCAAGAGAUGCGUUUAGGCCACCAAAAAGCACUAUCCCACACUAACGUCUGUGCUAGCACUCCAAUGCUUGACCGUCACCAUAUGAUAAAGAUGAACUCUCAUCCCACAUCUUCCAACUCACCCAAGACCACAUGGGAUAUGGUCAAUCAUACAGCCAAUCGACGACAAGCCUUUGCUGCCAAGAGGCAGAACACAAUUGAACAACUUCAGUUCAUACCUGGUCAUCUCCCAAGCCAGCAUCUGCGUACAGGUAGCAAGAAUGAGGUCACUGUGUAGGCUUCUUAAUUUGGUGUUUCUUUUUCUCCUUUUUAGAAAAAAAGAGGCAGUUGAAUUUUCUGUGGUUUCCUUGCUUUUUUUUUCAUGGCUUAGGUUUACUCAUUGGCGCUCACUGAAACAAAAGCAAAGGCAAAAUACAUCAUUUUCAUUGAAAUCAAGACAAAGACAGAUUUGUUUUUGGAUUAAUUUUUCUAAUGAUUUCAUUGAAGUAUCCAACUGCCUCCGCUGCCAAAGUGAAGAUGCAGUUAUUGGUACAGAGAUGUCAAAGGGGAUAGUGUUUGGGCAGUAUAUAUACAGGAGAUAGCGUAUCAGCCUCCUAGUAUUUUCUGGAAGUGUGGAUAUUGAAGAAGCUCAUGAUGGUGGUGGUAAGAAGUUAGAAAUAAAAUAAACAAUCUAGAUAAAUGAAGAUUGGGCUGAAUAAAGUAUUUUAUGCGCUUGCUAGUUAUAUGUUAAAUACAGUACGGAAAUUAAAAUAACCAAGACUGGGCUUUUCUUUUAUCAGGGUAACAACAAGAUGUGACUCCAAUGAAUUAAAAAAAAAAAUGUUGCACACUCACAUUUUUUAUUUUGUUCUUCAAUGGAAAUACAAAAUAUAAUACCUAAAACAGACACAACGAAACUAAACAUAAAAACUACAGAAUAAAAAUAUAAUUUACACAAUGUCCAUCUCUUUUACUAACCUAAUAUUACAGUCAAUUACAGUCAAGACGGACAGCUAAUACAAGUGGACAUUACAAUAAAAAAAACUGUGCCAAUCAAAUAAUAGCAACAAUUACAAUAAAGGUAACAUUCUUUGAUAUGAGAA